AUGUUACGCUACACGCAACCAAAAAGCAGCAUACCUUGGUUAAAUCAGAUCAUAAGUGUUCUUGAACACAACAAUGUAACGAUAUUUGACGUCUUGGUGCAGGUCCUUCGCUUCGGGCAUGUUGCACAAAAUCUCCAUGCCUAUCGGGCAAAUCUCUGGGAAGGGGCAGGGGAGAUUGCAGAUCUGCUAUUGGAGCAAGAAGAGGAUGUAAUCAGGAACUGGGUGGCAGCAGUCACGGUUCAUACAUAUCAGACCGAGAUUUUGCAUCUGAUCGAAGGACAGCAAGGUUUUCACUUCCAGGCUAAUCAUGCCACACUCGAGCAACUUGAAUGCUUUGACUUGGCAGAGUUGGGUACAAAGAUGAAAGGCAUUGCACCGUUGACAUGGCAGAUGCUUGCUGCUCUCCUUAACUCGGACAAUCGGCGGCACUGGGAGGUAAACGAGGAGGAUAAUGAGGACACUUCAUCAGACUCAACCAUGUCGGAUAGUGAUGAUGAAUUCAUCUGGGAUGACCUUGAUCUGCAGGAGCUCGAUGUGUGGGACAUACCACGUGAAGCAUCUGAUGAGAACGACACUUUAUCUGUGAUAUCCAUGGAACUCGACCAGCCAGACAUCCAAUGGGAGAGUUCAUCCCAGUUCAGUAUGGAUGUUGAUCUCGAAACGGUAGUGCCUCAUCUCAAUGUUGCCGCUGGUGAUUCUACUGAUGACGAGCAGCCCAAACGCAGACGUCGUCGCAGACAGGAUCUCCCGAAAUGA